CGGACCGCCAAUCAGAGCGCUGCCUGCCCUCGGCACGGGCCAAUCAGCGCUCAGCGAACGCACAUUUAAACCCUGUUCCCGGGAGCCGCGGCCACCGCGGUGUGACAGGGAGAGGGCGGGUCAUGGCCGCUUGCGCCAAUCAGAGGCCUGAGCGCGAUGAUUGGCAGGAGGUUAAACCAAUGGGGUUGCCAAGGGUAACGCGGCGUCUCCCUGCGGAGCGGUUGGCGGCGGCGGGGACUCCGCGGGGACAGUCGGGGCCGCCCGGCGCGGGGGCUCCGAGGCGCGGGGCCGCCGCCGCCGCCGCCAUGGCCGGAGGGAAGAACAUGCCCAAGACCAGGGCGGGCGGCGUGGAGAAGGCAAGCCCCGAGAGCGCCGAGAGGAAGGGCCCUAGCCGCCCCCGGGCCGGCGGGGAGAAUGUGUUUAUUGGUCAAUCCAAAAUCUACAGCUACCUGAAUCCCAACAAAACUCCUGGUGCUCGCCCCCCGCUUCAAGAAGAAAACUCUGUCAUGUAUCACGAGGUGAAAUGUCAGGGCAAAACACUAAAGGAAACCUACAGGAAAGGAGCUGGAAAAAAGAGUGGCAAAAUAGUUGAAGGUGCUGUGAAACCAGAAGACCAGAAGGAUAAGGAGGGUGGGUGCAAUCCUUCGGUGCCCUCUGAUCAAAACCAAGAAGAAACUGUGGAAACCCAAAAGACUCCCCUGCCUGCAGACUGCAGUGCUGAGGAGGCCAAUGCAAAGCCAGCUCAGAAGAAGAUGGUUAAAGCAAAACGAGGACCAAGGAAAAAAACACAAGGAAGAACACCAAAUCGAAAAGUGACAGAUUAUUACCCAGUUAGAAGAAGUUCCAGGAAGAGCAAAUCUGAAUUGGAGACUGAGGAAAGAAGGAAAAUAGAUGAGCUGAUUACAAGUGGGAAAGAAGAAGGAAUGAAGAUUGAUUACAUUGAUGGCAAAGGGAGAGGAGUAAUUGCUACUAAACAUUUUAAUCGAGGAGAAUUUGUGGUUGAGUAUCAUGGGGAUCUCAUUGAGAUCACUGAUGCCAAGAAACGAGAGGCUGUGUAUGCUCAAGACCCAUCCACAGGCUGCUAUAUGUACUAUUUCCAGUACCUCAGCAAAACCUACUGUGUCGAUGCUACGAAAGAAACGAAUCGUCUGGGAAGGCUCAUUAAUCACAGCAAGUGUGGCAAUUGUCAGACCAAGCUCCACGACAUCGAUGGUGUGCCUCAUCUCAUCCUCAUAGCUUCCAGGGACAUUAAGGCAGGUGAAGAACUGUUGUACGACUAUGGAGACAGAAGCAAAGCUUCCAUUGAAGCUCACCCGUGGCUGAAACACUAACUCAUCUUCCUUGUUUUGGGGUUUUUAUUUUUGGACUGAGUGUUCUACAAGGAGUCAGUGAAUUUUUUUUUUUUCUGCCCUCACUUCCCUCAGCUUUCUUAGUGGAUGGCUUAUGGUCUUCCGAGCUCCUUAAAAACUGCCUUUUUGCUUUGCAGUAUUUAAAUACCUAUUACAGUUUUCCAGGCAGGCUUGAAUGAUUGAUCUUAGAUUGCCAAAACUUUUAUAUCAUAAAAGGAAAACCCUCCUUAAAAUUCGAAUGCUUCUGCGUAGUGACCAGUGCCACUUGAGCAGUGAAAGACUUGCACAGAAACUUAAUCACUGGGGUUGUGCUUCUGCUUUUGCAAGGAAAUCUCACGCCCCACUUUGGGGUGCUGAACUUGGCUUUAUGACAGAAGUACUGCUGUACUCUGACUUGGUCAUCCAGUGGCUUGACUGCCUGUCAGACUGCUUUUCACAGCCCAGUGCUGACAGGCUUCUCUGAGAUGGAUGCUACUGUCAUUCUCAAAUAAUUUGUGGUAGGAAUCCAGCUUCUCCUGUGUCAUACAUUCUGUUGGCAAUGAACUUCAAAUGCACUGGCACUGAGUGAAAAGGAUGGUCAGAUUGACUGCUUCCUUUGGAGAAAUUACUCCCAGCCAAAUGAGGAUAAAUUUUGGUAGACUGGGUUGAUACUGAUUACAGAUGUGAAGAUAGAACUUCACAGUGAGAAUUAAUGUUUGACAUUUACUUAUUUUCUAAACUUUGAGAAGGUACCUUUUUUAUAGUCGAUGGCUGAUUCUUGGAGGUGUCUCCCAGAGGAUUUUAAAGAAGUAAAAACUCUCUCAAAAAUUUUUUUAUAUUGCCUUCCUAUGCUAAUUAGCCACAUCAGAAGCUAUUUAUUUACUGUGAAUGCUUGAAGUAGAGCAUAGUGGUUCCAAAAAUAGGAGUCAUCUUCAUAUGCAGCUUCAAACUGUAGUGAUGGAGUUGAUGCAGUGAAGAAAGUAGAUUCCUUAUUGCCUGGUCCUGUAGGUCUGUCCAGCACGUGUGGUCCCACUGUCUCACAUGGCAGUCGAGCGCUUGGCAUCUCGUGGAUGUUCGGAACGUUUCUGUUGGAGAGCCAAAUCUGGGAUAUAGGCAGGCAAUACAAUGCAGGUCCUUUAUGUUAAAGAGGAAUUCUUACCAGUUGGAAUUUUUGCCAAGGCAGGCUUGGCAUGUGUGUAGAUGAAAAUGGCUGUGAGCCAUCAGCCACGCUUGCUGCUGGAAGAUGUCAGCAAGGGAUCUGUGGCUCUGUUAAUGUCUUCUAUUCCUCAUGUCUUGAAGGCUGCUGCUGUUCCAGCUGAAUGCCCUCUAGACAAUCUUAUGCUUGCCUAUGUGAUAGGUCAGAUAGCAACAACAUCCUGGUUGUGUGCUCCAGCAGCAAGAGAGGUGGCUUAGUGAUGUAUUUUUUAAAUUAAAAACUUGAAGACAAUGUCUCUGUAAAAUAAAGAAUAUAUUUAUUAUUGAUGAAACGGCUGCUAUACUACCUGUCUCCAUUGCAGUUUUAUGAGCAUUUUGAAAGAAAGCUGUGAAAGUCAUUAGCUAUUAAAUGCUUUAUAUUAUUUACUGCUUCACACAAGGCAAACUCGUCAGAGCACGCCUAGGUAUUUUCCCAUUUCGGAAGAAUUAACUGGAGACCUGUUACAUUACAUGUACUGAGUUUCAGGUAAGCCUCGUUGACCAACUUGUCUGAGUUGGCACUGAUUUUUCUCUGGUCUCAGUAACAGAGACCUCAGCAAUGUGUACAGUGUCUUGUUAAACUACAGCACUUCCCUUAAGUCAAAAUUGGAAUAAAUUUUUUUUUUAAUAUUUUAUUUAAACAUUUACGUGUUCUCUAUCAGGUUGAAUAGCUUAAAACCUCUGUACUUCAGCAUCACUUUUGUAAACAAGAAAGGGGAAAGAUCUCCCUGUUUUACAUACAAAGAAAAUGUCUUCUCUGAAAGCUUAACUGGUAAUUGAGUAGCACUGCGUUGGAGGAUGGAAAUAAAGCUCAUGUUGCACUGCA